GCAAGAGUGGCAGGCACGCAGGCAGGCCCAUCCAUCAUCCUAGCAGCAGCUACCAAUGCAAGCAAUUCUCUCGGCACGACCGCCACUACUCGGCUCCACCGCCGCCGCCUCUCUGUCCUCUCCUCUUCCACCUCCGUUCAUCAGUUGCUGCCGUUGGCCCGUUGCUCGAUCGGCCGCAAGCUCCAUCAUCGAUCGUCCUCCAGACCUGACCUUCAUAAUUAUUACUGCCUCCCACUAUAGUAUCCUAGUAGUUACUAAAGAGGAGCUGAAUCGCCUACCCUAUAUAUAUAUAUAUAUAUAUAGAGAGAGAGAGAGAGAGAGAGAGAAGUAGAGCGCCUGGCUCUAGCUGCUUGUCACCGUACCUGCAGGAUCGAGCGAGCGGUAGAUUCAAUUCGAUGGCCGCGGUGGUGCCGGAGGACGAUGGCGGCGCGGCUGUGGCGGUGCGGGAGUUCGAUGACCGCGACCGCGCCGCCGUGGAGCGGCUGGAGCGCGCCUGCGAGGUGGGGCCCAGUUGCGGCAAGGGCAAGCUCUGCCUCUUCACCGACCUCCUCGGCGACCCGCUCUGCCGCGUCCGCCACUCGCCGGCCUACCUCAUGCUCGUCGCGGAGGCUGCGGAUCAGGUCAUCGUCGGCGUCGUGCGCGGCUGCGUCAAGACCGUGGCCUGCGGCAGCGGCGGCAGCCUCUUCUUCAAGGUCGCCUACCUCCUCGGCCUCCGCGUGUCCCCGGGCCACCGCCGGCGGGGCAUCGGCCGCCGCCUUGUCGAGCGCAUGGAGGAGUGGUUCCGCCAGAUGGGCGCCGAAUACGCCUACGUCGCCACCGACCGCGGCAACGAGCCCUCCGUGCGCCUCUUCACCGCGCGCUGCGGCUACGCCAAGUUCCGCGCGCCCUCCGUGCUCGUGCACCCCGUCUUCCGCCACGACCUCGCGCCCUCGCGCUCGGGCCGCCUCGCCGUCCUCCAGCUCCCGCCGCGCGACGCCGAGCGCCUCUACCGCGACCGCCUCGCCGGCGCCGAGUUCUUCCCGCGCGACAUCGACGCCGUCCUCUCCAACGCCCUCUCGCUCGGCACGUUCCUGGCCGUGCCCGCGGCUGCGGCGCGCCCGUGGCGCGGCGUGGCCGCGUUCCUGGCCGCGCCGCCCGAGUCGUGGGCGGUGGCCAGCGUGUGGAACUGCAAGGACGCGUUCCGCCUCGAGGUGCGCGGCGCGCCCAGGCUGUGGCGCGCCGCGGCGCGCGCCACGCGCGCCGCCGACCGCGCGCUCUCGCCGUGGCUGCGCGUCCCGUCCGUGCCCAACCUCUUCGAGCCCUUCGGGAUGCACUUCCUCUACGGACUCGGCGGCGCCGGCCCAGCCGCGCCGCGGAUGGCGCGCGCGCUGUGCCGGCACGCGCACAACCUGGCGCGCGCCGCCGGGGCGCGCGUCGUGGCCACCGAGGUCGGCGAGCGCGACCCGCUCCGCGCCGGCGUGCCGCACUGGCCGAGGCUCGGCGCGGAGGACCUCUGGUGCAUCAAGAGGCUCGCCGACGGGUACGGCGACUGGACAAAGGCGCCGCCGGGCGCCUCCAUCUUCGUCGACCCGAGGGAGUUCUAGCUAGGCGGUUCGAUCAGCUUAUUUAGCAUAAUCAGUUAGUUUUGAGUUGUGUCUACCGUGGAUCUCGCAUCCGACGGCCGGAAGCGAUUCGGCUUGCCCCCUUUUCAAUUGAAGGACCUGUCCAUAUAUAAUUUCAUCUCUUUUUUGUUUUAUUUAUCUUCUCAUCAUCUCGUCAGAGUGUAGUGAUGUAGACAAGAGUUUUUAUUUGAAGUUAAUCAAGCAGAGUGUGAUAUGAUUAGAGGAAUGGAAAGGGUCUUGUUGUUUUUGC